GAAAAAUCAUCUUCUCUUUAUUUAUUUUUUUCUUCUGAAUUUUUUUUUGAGUUUUCGUUUUUCCGUUAAUUCGUGAGAGUCUGUCCCGAUCUCCGUCCUCAUCAGAUAUCAAACUCUCCGAUCUCUGAUUCCGCCGGGAUAUCAGAUUCGUUUUUUGAAAGAGGGAUCUGUACAGAUACGGCGGGAUAAAUGGAUAGCGGCGACAUUGAAGAAGCCGGUGGUAAUGGCGAAGAGGAAUUCAGGUCAGGACCUCGUCUCGGAGGAAGCAAAUACAGGCCCGUGGUGGCUCACGAUAGAGCCGUUGUUGAGAUGUCCUCCAUCGAUCCUGGAUCUUCUUCUUCCACCCUCAAGAACAUAAAAGUAGUUGCACCAGGAGAUGUGGGCGCUAAUGCAAGGGAUAGGACAAGUCCAGAAGAUGGAGUUAAUGGCCAUCUGAAGGAAUCCAAGCUGGAGUUAUUUGGUUUCGAUUCUCUUGUGAAUAUUCUUGGUUUGAAGAGUAUGACAGGAGAGCAGAUUCCGACACCUUCUAGCCCUAGAGAUGGGGAGGAUAUCUCCAUCACGCAAGGGCACCCGAAGCCUCUCAAGAUGGGCACAAUGAUGGGAGUUUUCGUUCCCUGCUUGCAAAACAUAUUAGGAAUUAUAUACUAUAUCCGUUUCACAUGGAUUGUUGGUAUGGCUGGUAUCGGACAAGGUCUGGUAUUGGUAUUGCUCUGUGGCUUAUGUACAUUCUUGACGACGAUAUCUCUGAGUGCUAUUGCAACAAAUGGCGCAAUGAAGGGUGGAGGACCAUAUUACCUCAUUGGUCGCGCUCUUGGUCCAGAAGUUGGGAUUAGCAUAGGUUUGUGCUUCUUCCUUGGCAAUGCAGUUGCUGGAGCUCUGUAUGUUUUAGGUGCCGUGGAGACUUUUCUAAAAGCAUUCCCUGCUGCUGGGAUUUUUAGAGGUAUUAAUUACUGUGAAACUUUUAAGAACUAGACUCUAGACCUGUGA